AUGGCGGCGCCGGGCGGAAGGAGGCCGCUGAGAGUGCUGGCGUGCGGCGACGCGGAGGGGCGCCUGGGGACCCUCUUCCGGCGCGUGGAGGCGGCGCGCAGGAAGGCCGGCGGCGGCGGAGCGGGAGGAGCCUUCGACCUGCUCUUGUGUGUCGGGAAUUUCUUUGGCUCUGCUCAAGAUCCAGAAUGGGAGGACUACCGAACAGGAACAAAAAAAGCUCCUAUUCAAACGUAUAUAUUGGGUGCCAACAAUGAAGAGACGGUUUGUCACUUUCCGGAUGUCAGCGGAUGUGAACUAGCUGAGAACAUCACUUAUCUGGGGCGCAAAGGAGUCUUCAGUGGAGCCUCCGGACUUCAGAUUGCGUACCUCAGUGGUGCCGAGUCCUCGCAGGAGCCAGCCCCGGCACACUGCUUUAGCUCUAAGGACGUGGCUGACCUCAGAGCAUCGUUGCUGUCCACUCCGAAGUUCAAAGGCAUCGACAUCCUGCUGACUUCGUGUUGGCCCAGAGGGGUAGAGAAGUUUGGAAACCAUCCUGGUGAAGUGGACACUAAUAAAUGUGGCUCUGGGCUCGUAUCUGCGCUAGCUGCCAGUCUAAAGCCAAGAUACCAUUUCAGUGCUCUACAGAAGAUCUACUACGAAAGACUGCCUUACAGAAACCACGCCGUUCUUCAGGAGUCUGCACAGCAUGUGAGCAGAUUCAUAGCCCUGGCAAAUGUUGGCAAUGAAGACAAGAGAAAGUACCUCUAUGCAUUCAACAUCCUUCCAAUGAGUUCCAUGGAGCCUGCAGAGCUGGUCAGACAGCCCCAGGAUGUCACGGAGAACCCGUACCGAGGGCCGGGAGGAUGGGAUCAGGAUGGGCUAAAUGCAGCCCCGUUUUUGACUCCGUAGGAAGAGCCCAGGAGCCAGUUUUUCUUUGAUCUAAGCAGCAAGCCCAGAGGAAAGAAGCGAACCUCUGAGGGUCGAGCCGGGCAGCAGCAGCCGCACACCAAGCGGCCCCCUUGCAAGCCCCCCCUGCCAACAGCAGCCUGCUGGUUUUGUCUGGCGAGCCCAGAGGUAGAGAAGCAUUUGGUGGUGAGCAUUGGGACACACUGCUACCUCGCCCUUGCCAAGGGGGGCCUCUCUCCUGACCACGUGCUGGUCUUGCCUGUCAGGCACUGUCAGUCGAUGGUGGAACUUGCUUCGGAGGUCGUAGAAGAAGUGGAGCAAUACAAGUCGGCCCUGAAGAAGUUUUUCCGGAGCAAAGGGAAAAGAUAUGUGGCGUUUGAAAGGAACUACCGGAGUCAGCACCUCCAGCUCCAGGUCGUUCCUGUGCCCCAAGAUUGCUGCACUACGGAAGACAUCAAGGAGGCCUUCGUUGUCCAGGCGGAGGAGCAGCGGAUUGAACUGCUGGAAAUCCCAGAACAUUCGGCUCUCAAGCAAAUAGUCCAGCCUGGAACACCCUAUUUCUACGUGGAGCUGGAUACCGGGGAGAAGCUCUUCCACCGCAUUGAGAAGCAUUUUCCCUUGCAGUUUGGCAGGGAAGUGCUGGCCAGUGAGGCCAUCCUUGGCAUGCCUGGCCGGGCAGACUGGAGGAGCUGCCAGAUGGGGAAGGAGGAGGAAGCUACGGCUGCCCAGGCCUUCCGCCAGGCCUUUGAGCCCUUCGACGUGGCCCAGGAGGACUGA